AGUGCAAAAUAAUAAAUUUUAUGUAAAAAUUUAUUAAAAAGAGAAAUAGUUGACCCAUUUCAUUCCUAUUUUAUACAAUUUAACUUUUUAUCUCAACUAUAAUUUAAACCUUUUAUUUAAAAGGGUAUAAAAUUAUCUUUUAUCGGAAUAAAUAAUAUAAAAGUGUUGUUGAACAAAAAACAAAAUUGAUCUAAAUAACAAACAAUACGAACAAAAAAUCAUGUCAGAACGAUCAAAAGGUGACACGUCGUCCUCCUCAUCAUUAUUGUCAACCGCCACCGCAGCGGGACGAGUUGUAAAAAAUCCAUUACUGAGUGCCUCUGUAACUGGAUUGACAUUUGAUGAUUUCCAAAAUAAACCACUUCUUUUGCCAGCCGCUCCACCAAUUAAACAUCCAACACCGCCGCCACCGGUUGUUAGUCGAGAAUCAACACCAUUAGUAACUGUCGGCAAAUCAUCGGACAUUGAUACCGAAAACUUAAGCGAAAUCAAUCUAAACGACACAUCGGCAACAUCAUCUUCGAAUAUUGCCGAUACUUCAGAUGAGAAUAGUAAUAGCUUGAUAGAAUCUACAAAUCAGAUAGAUAAUUCAAUUCUAAGUCAAGCAGCUUCAUCAUUCUCACAGCUACCAUCGGUAGCUUCAUCGGUAUUCUCUACAUUCUCGAAAAAAUUUAAUUCAGGUAGAGUUGACGAUUACAAUUCGAAUUCUCAACUUGAUAUUCAACCGUUUACCACACCGUUUGUUGGCCAAUCUUCGGUGGUGCCACAAUCGCAAAUACUUCCACCACCAAGUGCAUUUGGAAAUCAACAAAAUCAACAACAACAACAAGAUAUUGGUUUACCACCUCAAAAUCAACCAUCAGCACCAGUAGAACCACCAACAUUCUACAGUCCCACUGAGGUUCCAUCAGUUCCAAGUGGACCCUCAGGUCCACCAUCAGCUUUAGGUCAGAAUACCUAUCGAUUAUCGGCUAAAAAGAAAAUAUACGCCCAAAUUCCGGGUUUGUCUUCAGUCGCACAUCAAGAAUCAUCAUCUUUGCCACCAUCAACAACUGGUUUCCCGCCACCAAUAGGAUUUGAAUCUGUGGGAUCACCUAUUUACUCCGAACAACCCAACUACGAUAAACCAGAAGAACGCAAGGGAGGUUUAUUUUCCCUAUCAAAUCUUGGGGUCCCAAACGUUUUGCAAAAUUUAUCAGGUCUUGUACAAUCUGCUACUGGUAUUUCUCAGAGACCACAAGAACAAGCAUUACAAUCACCAUACAAUCCUCAGACAAGUCAAGUUAACUUUACAGGAAUCGAACCAAGUGGAAAUACUCCAGUUAAUUUCUUUGGAACACAGGCGUCGUUAUUUAACCCAGCACAAGCUCCACCAUUACCAACAGGAGCACCUUUUGUUCCAUUUGCAGAACAACAACAAGGUCCUGGAGUUCUAAUUCCCAAUCAACCACCUAAAGGCAACACUCCGGAAGCUUUAUUCCAACCAACAUCAUUUCGUCCACCUUCUGCGGGAAAUCAAUUUGCAUCAAACACUGGAGUCCUCUUUCAAAGUCAGCCACCUAAAAGCAAUACUCCAGAAGGGGCAAAACCACAAGCUCUAUUCCAACCAGCUACUUCAUCAUCACGACCACCAUCUGUAGGAAAUCAGAUUCAGGAUACAAAUCCUUCUUUAAAAGCUUCUGCUCCACAACAGCCUUUACAACCUGAAUUAAAUUCAGAAAAAGCUUCUGCAGGUCCACCUCCAAGUUUAUUUGGACCUCCUCCAUCUGCGGCAUCUUCUUCGGAACCGUCAUCAAAUUUUUUCGGACCUCCACCAACAUCUACAAAUAAUUUUCCACCUCCUUCAAAAGUUUCAGGUUCUCCUGCAAAUUUGUUUGGACUUCCACGAACAAGUGAAACUAAUUUUUCAGGACCACCACCUCCACCCAAAAGUGCUACUCCAGAAUCAAAUUUAGUUUCUCAACAAGCUUCUUCAGCUUCGACUUUAGAUCUAUUCAGACCUCCAUCAACUUCUGGAACACCAGAUCUUUUUAGACCUCCAUCAACUUCUGGAGUCAACGUUGCAGGACCACCACCUAAAAGUGUUACUCCUGAUCUAUUCAGACCUCCAUCAACUAUUGGCGUCAACGUUGCAGGACCACCAACUGUAAUUCCUGCUCAGCAAUCUUUAUCAGGCCCGACUCCUGACUUUUUCAAACCUCCACCAACUUCUGUUAACUUAUUAGGACCAUCAUCAGUACUACAGCCUGUUGAACCACAUCAGUUUUCUGGAUCACCAACUGUUGGACCAUUACCUGUCGGACCACCAACUGUUGGGCCACCAUCUGUCGGACCACCAUCUGCUAGACCACCAUCUGCUGGACCACCAUCUGCUGGACCACCAUCCGUUGGACCACCAUCGACCUCAUUCCGAUUACAAAAAGGAACUCGAUUGUACAAGAGUCCAUUUGCAGCAAAUUCAAGUGAACACCACCCACAAGUCCCGGUUUCUCAACAUACAUUUCCACCAAUUCCGCAAGCUACCAACUAUUUUAAUCCUCAACAAGCAUUUGUACCGCCUCAAGGACAACCAAUUCAGCCACAAAUUCCAAGUCAAGGAUUUGCACCACCAAGCCAAGGUGUUGCACCACCAAGUCAAGUUUUUGGGCCACCAAAUCAAGGACAACCAAUUCAACCACUAAUUCCAAGUCAAGGAUUUGCACCUCCUAAUCAAGGAUUUGCUCCUCCAAGUCAAGGAUUUGUACCUCCUCCAGGACCACCAAUUCAGCCACAAAUUCCAAGUCAAGUCACUGCACCACCACUUUCUAAGCCUCCUCAACAACCUUUAGGGGCAGUAAACUUUUUUAAUCCUCAAGGUUUUAGUUCAAGUCAAGGAAUUCUUGAUCCUCUAGCUCCUGCAGCUCCUUUGAAUAUCUUGGAACCUACAUCUGCUGAACCUUUAGCGAUUCCAAGUAAACCACCCGUGGAAACAUAUAACUUUUUUAAUCCACAAGCUUUGAACUCAGGUCCUGGUCUCCUUGAUCCUACAAAAGAAGCUCCUCAAGCUGAAAUACAGCAGCCUGUUGCUAUUUCAAACGAAGUUUCGUCAAUCAACGAACCAACAGAAGAAGUAACUCCUCCAUCAACUCUUCCAGUUACAGAAACAGAAGUUGAUAAUCCAACAAAGAUUCCAGAACCACAACUUCAAGAACAAUCUUCAGUUACAGUUCUUGACCAAGUUCAACUUCCACCAUCAGAUUAUUCAUCCACAAUCACCUCAAAGCCCGAGGAGGAAACCCUUAAUUCACUUCAAGAACAACAGAACAACAUCUUACCACCACCACCAGCUGUAAAUUUUGGAGCAUUCACUCCAUCAAAAGAACAAGCUAACUUUCCACCACCACCUCCACAUAAUUCUGUGCAAAACAAACCAUCUUCCAAUCCUUAUCGUAAAGGCUUGCAGUCAACUCAUCCACAGUUGCCAGCUCCAACAUCUCUAUCAUCAUUCUUUACCCCAAUCGAUCAAGGGAAUAAUUUCUUUCAAACAAUCAAUUCAGCACCAAAUCAGGAAGCUGCAAACUUUUUUACUGAAACAAAUUCUGUAAUUCCUCAAGAUCAACCUGUGAAUCCACAACCAUUCACUGUCAAUGCUCCAGAGCAAUUAGCUCAAGAAGCUCCUAAAAUCUUGCAAGAAAAUUCAACUCCAUUGGAAAAUCAAGAACUUCAAACUGAGCUUUCUGAAACAGAACCAUCUUUGCCAAUAAGAGAAUCGACUCCGGUAGCUUCAGUUGUUCCAGUACAAAGCGAAGAACCAGAAAAACCAUCUUCACCACCUCCAGCUGUUGCAAAUCCAUUAAGUUUUUACAAACCCGACACCAUUCAACAACUUUCCUCGAACAAUCUACCAGUGGCAUCGAAGCCAAAAGAAAAUUCCAAAAUUGAUUCGCCACUUAAAUCGCAAGAUACCCCUAAUCCCGAACCUGUGCCAAAUUUAUUUACCGGUUUCUUUGACCAAGCAGCUACUGCUCCUACUGUAGCUGUCCCCAAUCCUAUUUCUAUACAACGACCAUCCCUACCCGAUCCGACAACAUUUUUCGAUUCAUUCAGUUUAGUACCAACUUUGGGAGUUGCAGCACCUCCCAGCGAAGAUCCAAACAGUCAACGUAUACAAAACUUCUUUAACAAUCCUCCACCAAAAGAACUCGAUACUGUUGGUGAUUUGAAUUACAAUUUGGUUGGCAGUGGAUUGUCAGUGCAAAAUUUACAAAUUCGUUCGCUAACACCGGCUUCGAAUUUAGCCGAACCACCAUCGUCGUCUUGUUCGGAGUUUUCCGAAUUAAAUAGUUCUUUGUCAGCUGCCAAUAGGCAGCCUUUGAUCCAAGCUGCAGAUUCGAGUAAAGUAUCACCCGAGGAGGAGGCUAUUUUUGAAUCGCCAGAAUAUCAAGAUUUGCCCGAGGAGAUAGUGAAUGAGUUAAAAAUGGCCAAUAGUAUGCUAGGAAAUAGUAGUCCAACAAAUGAGACGACAUAUAAGCCUGCUGUUAAACAUUGGUUCUACAAAAGAAAGCUUGAUGUCAAGUGUUUGUGGACUCCGUUCUCCUUCCACGAUUCGGCCUUGUUGGAAGAAGCUUUCUUAAAAGGAGAUGAAGGCCCGAACUUGGUCGCAGUUGAAGGUGGUCGAUUUGAUGUAAACAUUUCUGAACGAACAAAAACCCCCGUCUAUUGGGAAGGUGAACCAAUUGAAGUGAAACGUUGUUCAUGGUUCUAUAAAGCAAGUGACUCAAAGUAUGUUCCAUAUGAAGAAGAAACUGCAGAUUUGUUAGAAGAAGAAUAUAAAAAAGCUUCAGAGAGCUGUGAGUGGCAUAAGAAAAUUCCCAUAUCUGCGGGAGAUAUUGUGGUCUUCCAUGGACCGACAGUUAUUGUUCAUUUCCAACCACAACAACAAGUUGAUUCGUGGGGUGGUUCGACGCUUGAUUCGGAAAAUUUUCUCUCUUAUAUGAAACAGCAAACUAUAACCCGACCACGAGUUGUAAAACGUGAUCUUGAUGAUUUCAACAUCGAUGAAGGUGAAUCACAUAAAGUUGAUCAUUUGCUCUUUAUGGUUCAUGGCAUUGGAUCAGCAUGUGAUCUUAAAAUGCGUUCUGUUGAAGAAGUUGUUGAUGAAUUCCGUAGCAUUGCCUUACAAUUAGUCCAAUCACACUAUAAGAAUUCUGUCGAAAGUGGUUAUGUUGGACGAGUGGAAGUUCUACCUGUCUCAUGGCAUAGUGAAUUACAUUCCGAUGAAUUGGGCAUCGAUGAAAAAUUAAAAUCCAUUACCCUUGAAUCCAUUCCGAAGUUGCGAAACUUUACAAAUGAUACACUCUUGGAUAUUCUAUUCUAUACAAGUCCAAUGUUUUGUCAGAGAAUCAUUAACACAGUUACCGCUUCUAUGAAUAGUAUUUUUGUCAAAUACAAACAAAGAAAUCCAGAAUUUCAUGGUGGAGUUUCUUUGGCCGGUCAUAGUUUGGGUUCAUUGAUUAUGUUUGAUUUGUUGUGCCAUCAAAGGCCUCAAAAAGAAAGUGAAGAAAAGAAUAUGGAGAAUCCAGAUGAAAUAACAUCUGGCUUUCCAGUAGAAUCUAGUAAACUUAACGAAGAAGCAGGACAAAAUAUUACAUAUAAAAUGGGACAGGCUGGAACUGGUCAACCAUUUAUUAGCUACCCACAGCUUCUAUUCCAACCGAAAAAGUUUUUCGCUCUUGGAUCACCAAUCGGAAUGUUCGUCACAAUUCGUGGAAUAGACAAACUUGGCCUGGAUUUCCGUCUACCAACGUGUCCAGGUUUCUACAAUAUAUUCCAUCCUUACGAUCCAGUUGCAUAUAGACUCGAAGCUCUUGUAAAUCCCGACAUGAAUGGCAUCCCGCCAGUCCUAAUUCCCCAUCACAAAGGAAGAAAACGAAUGCAUUUGGAAUUGAAAGAAACAAUGAGUCGAGUUGGAGCCGAUUUAAAACAGAGAUUCUUUGAAACCUUCAAAACCACUUUAGACAGUGUGAACCUAUUUGCGCCCAAAAUCAAAACUGACCCCAAGGAAUUGGAAAAAGAAGUCGAUAAGCUCUUGGAAUUGCAGGCUCAUCAAGAGCAACAAACUCAACAGCAAAGUAUUGCAUCAACAUCUCGAUCAAGAGCCAAUUCGAAUUCUACCAACCAAUCCGAUACGGAUGUCAUUGAAAUUGAUUUCCCCCUGGGCAAAUUGAAUGACUCGAAACGAGUUGAUUAUGUUUUGCAGGAGGCUCCUUUGGAAUUCUUUAAUGAAUAUUUGUUUGCUUUAAGUAGUCAUGUUUGUUAUUGGGAAUCUGAAGAUACAAUAUUAUUUGUAAUGAAACAAAUUUAUAAUGGAAUUGGAAUUAGUCCUGAUAGCCAAGUACCCCAACAAACAAUGACAAUUGAAAGACCCAGCUCAAGUGGUGGCAGUACAACACAGCAAUCGCCUACAAGUUAAGGCUUGGAAAAGACAUAAUUUUCUAGAAUUUAUCUUAUAUAGAAACAAAGAA